UCAGAUCUACAGUGUGUAACCAACACGGUGGUGACGUGAGAGAGCUGACAGACUCCAUUCACUGCAGGAACACAUGAUGGUUAGAUCAGAGCUCAAACUAGUUGUUGACACUGAGAGGUGAAAUGGCGCAGAAAGGAGUUGAGCUGGACCGAGAAAGCUUCUCUUGUUCCAUCUGUCUGGAUCUACUGAAGGAUCCGGGGACUCUUCACUGUGGACACAGCUACUGCAUCAACUGUAUUCAAAGCUUCUGGGAUGGAGAGGAUGAGAAGAGAAUCUACAGCUGCCCUCAGUGUAGGCAGAGCUUCACACCGAGGCCUGUCCUGAGGAAAAACAUCAUGUUAGCAGAUUUGGUGGAGCAACUGAAGAAGACUGGACUCCAAGCUGCUCCUGCUGAUCACUGCUAUGCUGGAGCUGAAGAUGUGGACCAACAUAAAGGCCACGACACAGUGUCAGCUGCAGCAGCUGUGUCAGGAGUCAGAGAUAAACUACAGGACGCUCUGAGGGACACAUGGACAAACGUCUCACUGACAGGGACUGAAGUGGAUGUUUUACUGCCACAACCAGAGCCCAAGACCAGAGCUGAGUUCUUCAGAUAUUCACGUCACAUCACACUGGAUCCAAACACAGUCAGCACAUGGCUGUUAUUAUCUGAGGGGAACAGGAAAGUAACCAUAACUGAAGAAGAACAGUCUUAUUCUGAUCACCCAGACAGAUUCAUUCCAGUUUGUCAGGUCCUGAGUAGAGAGAGUCUGACUGGACGUUGUUACUGGGAGGUGGAGUGGAGGAGGACAGGAGCUUGUUUAGCAGUCGCAUACAAGAAUAUCAGCAGAGCAGGGGUCUUGGAUGAAUGUAGAUUUGGACACAAUGACAAAUCUUGGGCGUUAUAUUGUGACCCGAUCAGUUAUAUAUUUCAGCACAACAAAGUCCAAACUCGUGUCUCAGGUCCUCGGUCCUCCAGAGUAGGAGUGUACCUGGAUCACAGUGCAGGUAUUCUCUCCUUCUACAGCGUCUCUGAAACCAUGACUCUCCUCCACAGAGUCCAGACCACAUUCACUCAGCCUCUCUAUGCUGGACUUUGGCCUUAUGCUUAUGGAGACACAGCUGAGUUGUGUGAAGUGAAAUUGACGGAAGUCAUUUAACAGUUAAAGUCUGUGUUUUAACUCUUGAACUUAAAUAAUAGCCAGAGUUUGAACAGGAAGUGAGUGCCGUACUCAGUACAUUUACAUGACAUAAGAGAAAAUGGAUUUAUUGUGUUAGUCUGACUGAAACUGUGCUAAAUCUAAUUUCUCAAAGUCAGACUAACACACCCAUAUCUCCACCUAUCGUAGAGGAGUCGGACAUACUUGGGUCAAUAAAUCGAGUCCCCUCUGGUGCUGGUAUACUGGGACAAGGACAGUAGUCCAAAUAAUGGCCUAGCCGAGCUGUAACUGUCGCUGGACUUUACUGUGCAUGUGAACAUACUGACUCUCUCCUGCAUGCUGAAAACGGAGGUUGAAACGUUAAAACGAAGCAGCACUGAUCAAAUAUAAACCAAGAGGCUCUGUCAAACAGACCUCACUGAGGGUCCAGUGUUAUGUAUACUGGGCAUCCUACCAAUGGAGACUAACCUGUCCUCAAAAGUAUGUGCCUGGGUGAAACUAGCCCUCGUCACAGAGAACAGGACAGUGCUGAGACACUGGAAGUCUGUUAAUGUGCCAAAGGAGAUCUCUGGGUCCAGUCCUCGCUCUGUGUGCAUUAAUGUGUUGAUGCAAAGUGGAAGAACACAGCACACAAUAUGAUGUGGUAUAAAUGUUACAUGACAGCCUGUGUUAGUCACUGCCAAGAAGAA